AUGACAACUCUUACAUCUGACAAAGUGAUAACGUUUGAUAGCGAUGACCGGGAUAGCAUUCAGGAUCCUCCUCGCGAUGGUUUGGUAAUCACUUUAUAUAUUGCUAAUUAUUUUGUUCGCAGGAUACUGGUGGACAACGGUAGCUCGGUCAACAUUAUCCAGCUGGAGACGCUGAAGAGAAUGAACAUCCCCCAGAUGGAGAUCACUUCAAAAUCCACUGUGCUUGUAGGGUUCAGUGGAGAGGCAAAGAAUACUGUGGGAGAAAUAACGCUGCCUGUAUAUGUUGAAGGAGUGAAUUCAAUACAACGAUUCUGUGUCAUGGAUUCACUGUCCUGUUACAAUACUAUAUUGGGCAGGCCGUGGAUUCACGAUAUGAAGGCUAUCCCAUGA